GCAUCGAUUGGCCCUCCAGCGACGUUGCCGAUUCGCCAGCCCUGCGUUGUUGUGCAAUAUUUUAGUGAUAAACCAAUCUCGCUAUUUUCCGCGACUGCCCAGCUUACAACGACGCGCGGCGCUGAGACGGAGACCCGACGACGAACAGCCUGCGAUUACAACAGAGCCGCACCAUCCCCAGCCACAGCCCACAGCCCACAGUCCAGCCAGUCGAGCCACAACAACACAGCGAGAAUGUUGCGUACUCUGUCGCGCGCCAGCGAGCUGCCCCUCAUUGUUAAGCAACUGCAGAAGAAUGCAGCGCAGGCCGGAGUGUCGAGGAGCAACAACUAUGCCACGGAGGCCACCGUGCAAGUGAACCGGCCCUUCAAGCUGCACCGCCUGGACGAGGGACCCGCCACGGAAGUCAAGCUGACCAAGGACCAGGCCCUCAAGUACUACACACAGAUGCAGACGAUCCGUCGCCUGGAGACGGCCGCCGGCAAUCUGUACAAGGAGAAGAUCAUCCGCGGCUUCUGCCACCUGUACUCCGGCCAGGAGGCCUGCGCCGUGGGCAUGAAGGCGGCCAUGCGGGAUGUGGACAACAUCAUCUCGGCGUACCGGGUCCAUGGCUGGACCUACCUGAUGGGCGUCCCGCCCAGCGGCGUGCUGGCUGAGCUCACGGGUGUCCAGGGCGGCUGUGCCCGCGGCAAGGGCGGCUCCAUGCACAUGUAUGCCCCCAAUUUCUACGGCGGCAAUGGCAUCGUGGGUGCCCAGGUUCCCCUGGGUGCUGGCGUUGGGCUGGCCUGCAAGUACAAGGGCAACGGCGGCAUGUGCCUGGCGCUCUACGGCGACGGUGCUGCCAACCAGGGCCAGGUGUUCGAGGCCUACAACAUGGCCUACCUGUGGAAGCUGCCCGUGAUCUUCGUCUGCGAGAACAACAACUACGGAAUGGGCACCAGCGCGGAGCGUGCGUCCUGCAACACGGACUACUACACCCGCGGCGACGCCCUGCCCGGCAUCUGGGUGGACGGCAUGGACGUGCUGGCCGUGCGCAGCGCCACCGAGUUCGCCAUCAACUAUGUGAACACCCAUGGACCUCUGGUGCUGGAGACGAACACCUACCGGUACUCCGGCCACUCGAUGUCCGACCCGGGCACAUCGUACCGCACGCGCGAGGAGAUCCAGGAGGUGCGCCAGAAGCGCGAUCCCAUCACCUCCUUCAAGGAGCUGUGCAUCGAGCUGGGUCUGAUCACCGCCGACGAAGUCAAGGCCAUCGAUCUGAAGGUGCGCAAGGAGGUGGACGAGGCCACCGCCUUCGCCAAGUCCGACUCGGAGCUGGGCGUGAGCCACCUCUGGACGGACGUCUACUCGAACAACCUGGAACCCAAGCUGCGCGGCACCAUCGCCUACGACAUCGAUCACAUCCAGGAGCGCAAGGGCGUCAAUCACUAAGUCAGUCGGGCCAACGAAUCUGAUUCGGGAACACUCACAGGAGACUCACACAAAAUCGAAAACAAAACCAACAGGACACCACCACAACACCACAACAAUCACAGACAGACACGAAGACACCACUCAGACACUUAGACACAAGCGAAAUCUCUAGCUCUUAAGCCGAAAGUUGAAUGAUGAGAAGCCCGUAGACCGGACCCGGAUGCGGAUCCGAAUUCGGACCCGAGGAGAACCCACAAGAAGCUUAGCUAAUCGGAGCACUGCAACCACAUCGUAGCGCACCACAUUACUCUGGGGAACUGCAUUGGAUAUUAUAUUGCGAACGUGUUCAAUACGGAUAAAGCGAGGUGUAAAUUGUUGAAAAUAUACUUACCUAGAAAAAUUUA